CCCUCACAUUCUUGUCUGAAAUGGAUGAGGAAAAACACCAACUUGUGGGAGAGAAAAAUGUAGUAGGGAGUAAGCUGCAGCUUACAGUGGAUGAGGUGGUGGAGGAAUAUGUGGGGUCGUUCGGAUUCUCGCAGCUUGUGCAGGUAAUCUUGGUGUCCCUGGCUAGGAUAUUCGAUUCCCACUGCACCCUUGUCACCAUCUUCACAGAUGCUCAACCACAGUCAUGGCGGUGCAUUGGCCGCGAAUGUGGUGGCACAACGGCUGCUUCUGUUUGUGGGUUGAAGCCGGGGACUUGGGAGUGGAGUGGUGGGAGUACAAGCUCCACCAUUGCUGAAUGGGGACUCGUGUGUGACCGUAAAUUUCUCGCUGCUCUGCCAACGUCGGUUUACUUCCUUGGUUCCCUCAUAGGCUCUGCAGUGUUUGGCCGCUUGGCAGAUGGAUGCUUAGGGCGGAAAAGAGCAGUGCUUGCUUCAUGUCUCCUAACCGCUGCUACCAUUUUCCUAACUUCCUUCUCCCCAAAUAUAUGGAUUUACUCUCUUCUCCGUUUUGCAAACGGGUUCUCCAGAGCAGGCAUCGGUAUAUGCUGCCUGGUUCUCUCAACAGAAACCAUUGGCCGGAAAUGGCGCGGUCAAGUUGGCCAAGUUGGAUUUUUCUUCUUUGCAGCGGGGUUUCUGUCUAUCCCCCUGAUAGCUUAUCCGACCAGAACUUGUUGGAGAACUUUGUACAGGAUUAUUUCAAUCCUUCCACUCGUUUACUCAAUCUUUAUACUAAUGCCCUUUGUAGCAGAGUCUCCGAGGUGGCUACUCGUGAGGGGAGGAAGCGAAGAAGCUCUUGAUGUGUUGAGGAGAUAUGCUAGAAUCAAUGGAAGAGAGUUGCCCCCGAAUCUAAGUCUCCUGGAGCCAUCAUCUACGAAUGAGAAAAUGGUCUCGGGCAAAGGAGAAAAUAAAGCCUCGCCUAUUGAGAGACUGUGGAAUACUAGAUGGGCUGUGAGAAGGAUGACAAUGGUUAUGCUCACAGGUUUUGGGAUUGGUUUCGUUUACUAUGGUGUUCAGCUCAACGUUGAAAACCUUAACUUUAACCUCUACUUUACUGUUGCCAUAAACGCGAUGAUGGAGAUCCCAGCUGUUUUCAUAGGCAGUGUGAUGCUCGCCUUCACAAACCGCCGCCUGCUCUUCUCUGCCUCAGCGUUUCUCACCGGAAUUUCUUGCAUCCUCUGCAUGAUUUUCUCAAGAACAGGAGACAAGAAUGGAAGCGAGAUAUCAUCAAAGAAAAGAGGAAGCUUACCUCAACUGAUGAUCGAGGCAGUUGGUUUCAUGGCAGCUUCGACUGCAUUUGAUGUGCUGUACAUCUACUGCGUGGAGCUGUUCCCUACAAACGUGAGGAACUUCUGUGUUUCCAUGUUGAGGCAGUCAUUGAUGCUGGGGGCCUCGAUUUCUCCCCUGCUGGUUGUGUUUGGGAGAUCGAGCCCGUCUCUUUCUUUCCUUGUAUUUGGGGUUCUGUCCAUAAUCAGUGGCUUUCUGAGCUUGUGGCUCCCCGAAACCAGGAAUUCUCCUCUCUAUGAAACUCUGGAGCAACAAGAAGAGCAAGAAAUGUUAGAAUCCGAGUCUACAGAUAUUGGAAUGGAAAUGGGCAAGAACCUGCAAAUGUAAAUGUAAAUGUAAAUGUGUAUCACUGCACUAUACUUGUAGUUUCUCCUUAGAAACAGGAGACCAAAGCAGCAGCAGCCACAACUCUGCUCAAAAUGUGUGUACAGUUUCAACGCUUUGCUUGACUUACCUUCAAUUGCAAUCCAUGAAUCCUGCUAUUUUUACUCCCAA